GAUUUUUUGGGUAAUUCUGGUGGACAGUUACCCCAGUGGGAGUGCAUGGACUCUCAGUCUGAGUCUCUUGUCACAAUGGCGGAUGACGAAGUGCUGUUUGACGAUGUUUAUGAGUUAGGAGAAAUAAUUGGCAAGGGACCAUUCAGUUUAGUAAGAAAAUGUGUUUUAAGACUAACUGGACAAAUAUUCGCUGUAAAAAUAGUCGACGUUGCAAAAUUUACAUCAAGUCCCGGAUUAAGUACCGCUGAUUUAAAAAGAGAGGCAACGAUAUGUCACAUGUUGAAGCACCCACACAUCGUGGAGCUGUUGGAAACGUACAGCUCCGAGGGGAUGUUGUACAUGGUAUUCGAAUAUAUGGAUGGUUCAGACCUUUGUUUCGAGGUGGUGAGACGCGCAACCGCUGGGUUUGUUUACAGUGAAGCCGUAGCUAGUCAUUAUAUGAGGCAAAUUUUAGAGGCUCUCAAAUAUUGUCAUGAAAAUGACAUUAUUCAUCGAGAUAUAAAACCACAAUGUGCAUUGCUAGCCGGUAAAGAAAACUCGGCGCCUGUUAAAUUGCGGGGAUUUUGUGUCGCUACACAACUACCAGCUUCUACAAACAAUACAGAGAAUUACACGACCGAGUAUCGUCAGUACCUCAGCCCAAAGGGGCAGCUGUACUUGAAGACCGAUAGCGAGGGGAGAGUAGGCUGCAGGCAUUUCAUGGCUCCUGAAGUGAUUCAACGUCGACAGUACGGAAAGCCAGGGGAUGUUUGGGCCGCUGGGGUCUUGUUACACGUAUUGUUGACCGGUACUCUGCCGUUCCUGGGAUCUGGUGAUCGUUUAAGGGAGGCAAUAUGCCGAGGACGUGUUCAAAUGGAAUCUCCGAUAUGGGAUUACAUUGGUGAGCCAGCUAAAGAUUUGAUAGAAAAAAUGUUGACAGUCGAUGUCAACCAUCGGAUAACGAUACAAGAAGUUCUUAAUCACAAGUGGCUUAGAGAUCGAGACAAGGGUGCUGCGCGAAUUCAUUUAAGCGAAACUAUUGAGGAAUUGAAAAAAUUUAACUCUAGAAGAAAGCUCAAGGAAUCUGUUAGAAAAGCCAUUGACUCAUCCAAGUGGCACUUAGAUAAUUCUAAUGACAUAGAAAUUUUACAAGAGAGUGCGAGGCUCACUCGCGCUGAAGUGCUUUCUGCUGUCGAUGAUUAUUGGCUGCGUGGACUGUUGGAGUUGUACGACAGGAUCGAGACUAAAAUAAUUCCAACGCCGACUCGACCACCGCCAACAGAUGCCUCAAUUCGCUUGCGGGAAGUGGAGGAAUUAUUACGAGAAUUGGAAUUGUCCAAAUUUCGUAAUAUCGAUCUCUGUGAUUUACAUGAACUACAGGAAUUGCUCAGUCAACCUCAUAUUAAGCACGUGUUCCCCCUGUGCCGGCGGUGCUUGAGGCCUUUGCUGACUCUCCAUCCCUCGGCACUUUUGUCAACGUGCCUCCACGCGUCCCACCUGACGCUCUGCCAUGACCACCACGCUCACCACCUUCAUCACCUCCAUCAUCACCACCAGCAUCGGUCUAGGUCCGCGGAAACAACUCCCACGCCGCUAAACCGGUUCAACUGGCGAUCUUCAUCAUCAUCAUCAUCAUCCGCGAAUCCAUCCGCUAAUUUUCGGUAUCACACUCAUCCUCUAAAUGCCUCAAAGUUUUCCCUUCACCAGCCCUCAAUUUCACAUUUUUCCGCUGACUCUACGCCUCUCGACUCGUCGCACAACGACUCUAAUCUCAAUACUCACUUUCACGACUCUAAUUUCACUAUAAUAAAAAUAUUAAGGAUAACAAUGUACAAAAGAGUGAUAGGACCAGUCAGAGGUCCUCUUUUAAGCUUAAUAAACCUCCGGGUGUCGAUCUCACCAGGUGGAUCGGUGAGGAGACCAAACGUUCGCUACCAAUUCAUAAUAUCACCGGCAACAUUUCAAGGGAACUGGGGUCCCCAUAGUUACCCGAGUAUGCCGUCGACGUCGAUGUCGACGAGCACAAACGUGCCAAUAUGCGACGCUGGGGCAAAGUGCUGGUCGUCUAGACCGUGCAAAUCAACGGAUUCGCUGCCGACAAGGCCUAUCGAUUACUACAUGAGGUCGCAGGACAACAUGAGGUCCAUGGAGUCGAUGAGGUCCUGCGAGGUCAGGGACAUUCAUCCUGAGAUGGAGCAGGUCUGUACCGAGCAACCCAGAGGAGGAGUCGAGGGCUUCCGAGAUAGAGAGCACCGGGAGUACACCGCGAGGGCGAUAAACCACCCCUGCAGAUUGAUGGACCACAACGGGCACAAGCAGGGCCAAUACUUUAACCACGACCACGGGUGCAGGUCCGUCGAUCACGUUCCCCAGCUGUUUGAGCACAGGCCCUCGUUGCCCGUCGGGAUGCUCAGGACACCCGGUUCCCCUCACAACGAGUUAGAUCGCCCGGUCAAUUGGUCCUGCAGGUCUCUAGAACAUCCUGGGAGACCUCUACCUGUCGAUUCUGUUAUUUUUGGAUCCCAUUUACCGCCUAACAAGUUUUUUAUCGACAACAGCCAUCUCAGGGUCAAUUGCCCGGUUCACAGUCCCUUUAGGUUUAAGUUUCAUCAUAAUGGAUUCAAUGAUUGUCACGUGCAUCAGUCAUUAUUGCAAGCUCACGAUGUAGCAGGCCACGAAGUUUACGGAGAAGAAGCGACGCGGGUAACUCCUCCUCCUUUGUUUCCGUACCUCAACGGCGGAGAUGACAUCGAGGGCCAAAAUGGAGACAUGGAUGUCGAAAAUGUCACCAGAGUCAGGCUGGUACAGUUUCAGAAGAACACCGACGAGCCCAUGCGUGAAGCACGUGGGUCUGUGACAUUUAAAAUUCUACCCUCGUACAGGAUUGCUCCACCACCAUGCGAGAUAUUUGUACGCGCUCAAUUUGACUACGACCCACUGGAGGACGAGCUGAUACCGUGCGCUCAAGCCGGAAUCGCAUUCAAGACCGGUGAUAUUCUACAAAUUAUCAGCAAGGACGAUCACCAAUGGUGGCAAGCGCGCAAAGACAAUGUCGCGGGUUCCGCCGGGCUCAUUCCAUCUUCAGAGCUUCAGGAGUGGAAGAUCUCCAACAUGGCUAUGAAGAAGAACAAGCCGGAACAAGAUGCUGAAGGGGAAGGUGGAUGCUCACCUCACACCGAGGGCUGUGACAGCUCGACAGUCAAUUGCUCAAUUUUUGGCCGCAAGAAAAAACAGUACAAGGAUAAAUAUUUGGCGAAGCAUAAUGCGGUAUUUGACCAGCUGGAUCUGGUUACUUAUGAAGAAGUUGUUAAAGUACCACAUGAAGCAUUUCCACGAAAGACACUAGUAUUACUAGGAGCACAUGGUGUUGGUCGACGUCACAUUAAAAAUACAAUUAUUGCCAGGCAUCCAGACAAAUAUGCCUAUCCAAUUCCGCAUACAACGAGGCCUCCACGAAACGACGAAGAGAGUGGACGCAAUUAUUACUUUGUCACACAUGAUGAAAUGAUGACGGAUAUCAGCGCUAAUGAAUACUUAGAAUACGGUACACACGAGGACGCAAUGUACGGUACCAAAUUAGAUACGAUAAGAAAAAUCCACGAAGAAGGAAAAAUGGCUAUUCUAGACGUUGAACCACAGGCAUUAAAAAUACUUCGUACCGCUGAGUUUGCUCCUUAUGUUGUUUUUAUCGCUGCACCCAUCGUACAAAAUCUAAAUGACUACGACGGAAGUCUGGAAAGACUUGGAAAGGAGUCGGACAUGUUGAAGCAGGCGUACGGACAUUUCUUCGAUCUGACGAUCGUCAAUGACGAUAUUGAUGAAACGAUUGCUCAGCUGGAAGGCGCAAUUGAUAAAAUACAAAAAACACCGCAGUGGACGCCAGUGAGAUGGGUCUACUGA